GGGGAGGGGAGGCUGAGCGUGUGUCCGGGAGGAGGGCGGGCCGCGCGGGCGCCACGUCCGCAGCCCGAGCCCCGGAGCCCAAACUCCGCUGCCGCCGCCUCCCCGGCCCCAGGCCGAGCAGCGAGCGCCGCGACCGCCGGGCCAGGGCCGCCGGAGACCAUGAAUCAGACGGACAAAAACCAACAAGAAAUUCCCUCGUACCUUAUUGAUGAGCCUCCAGAAGGUUCAAUGAAAGACCAUCCCCAGCAGCAGCCUGGCAUGUUGUCCCGUGUCACUGGCGGCAUCUUCAAUGUGACAAAAGGAGCUGUUGGCGCCACCAUUGGUGGCGUGGCUUGGAUUGGAGGGAAGAGUCUGGAGGUGACCAAAACAGCUGUUACUACAGUGCCUUCCAUGGGCAUAGGGUUGGUCAAAGGAGGGGUAUCUGCUGUGGCUGGCGGUGUCACAGCCGUCGGGUCUGCUGUUGUUAACAAAGUGCCCUUAACAGGAAAAAAGAAAGAUAAGUCUGACUGAGAGGGAGUGAGAAGGAUGGAGAAGAUGAGCUUUGCUCUCCACAGCGCCACAAGGCCAGUGGCUUUGAGCCGCCAGCAUGGGGACCUCCACAAAGCCACCUCUUGGGGAUGUUUCUCUUCUCAAGUGCUGUAUUGGAAGUAUUGAUGACUUCCUUUCAUCUGAAAAGAGAAGAUGCCAAGACUCUCACAGUUUGUGAAAGUUCACCAGACUUUUUGAUUCCAGAUUUUUAACUGGUGAAAAAUGUUACACUCGUUCAGUAGUAACUGAAGGUAUAGUAUGUUUCAAUAUUUACUGUAGGUCUUUCAGUUCAGUUAAAAAUGUGAAAAUUACAUUUAGUGGAAAAUCUUUGCCAUUCCAUCCAUCUGCUAGUGUGCCAGGGGACUCAUGGCCCUUACGAGAGCUGUAAACUCUAUAAACUGUACCUUUGAUGUGCCUAAUAGUUUCGGAUGUCUCUUAGUUUUUAAAAAUUGUAUUUUAUUUAGGCUAAGAGGCAUAUUUUGCUCAUUUAAGCUGGUAAGAUAGGAAUUGGAGAUGUUAAAAAGUAAACUCUUAUGUGAUAAUCUCUGAGCGCUAACUAUCCUUUGUUAGAUAUGCAGUAUGUUCAUUUAAUCAUUGAUGCCUUACAAGAGGACAUGUUUUCUGAUGCCCUAAAUAUCAUGGCAGUUCCUAGCUUUUGACUAUUUCAGUUCAUAAGUGAAAUUAAGACUUUUUUCAUUUAAGAAAAGAAUCUCAGGAGUAUUUAAGUAAAGGCACUUCUUGUUGCCAGCAGAUAAAAAUCCACUCUUUUAUUAACUGUCUGCCUCUUACCAAAAAAAAAAAAUUAAAAGGGCAGACAAAUCAAUAUUUAAGCCCACGUUCCACAAUCUCUGGAGUAACGUAUACCUUGUAGUGCCUAAAGAUACAUUUCUUAGCUGUUCACUUAGAAAGUCAUGGUGGAUGAGUUUCUUAUUAAGAGGUGUAAUAUGUGUGAUGAAUAACUUUUAUAGUUGUUCUUUAAGAAUUAGCUGCAGCAACCAAGUUAGAUACAGAAUUCUUCACUCCUAUUAAAAACAAAUCUGUAAGGCUGGCUUAAAUCACAGUAGCACUGCCACUGAUUUUUAAGGACAUUGUAAAAGCAAGUUUUUGAGAACUGCUUUUUGACUCUCCAGGUGAGCCUGCGGCAUGAAAUGGGUAUAGACGCUUCCUUUCAGAAGAUCUGUACGUACAGAAUACAAGAUAAAUUCUAGGCCUUAGAGACAGAAAGAGGCUUUUUGGCAUUUUUCUUUCCAUUUCUUUUCUUUUACAUUUUCAGCCAGUGAAUGAUAUUAUUGUUAGUCACAUACUAGUUUCACAUAUCAUAGUCUCUUUUGUCCCCCAAGAAUGAAUGACUUUCAACAUUCACUGUUCUUACAAAAUUCUGUUUCAUGAAAACAGUCAAACUAAGUAAACCAUCUGUUAGAUGUCAUCCAAGGAGAUGACAAUCUAGGUAAGUGUUAACAGUUAUCUGUACACUUGAAUCUAAUGUUCUGUCUCUAAUCUUUGCACUUUGGUCCUACGUGUCCAAAUUAUACUUCUCAGCCAUGCUUUGGGCUUACUUAUGGAGGUGUCAUGUAGUGUGUUAAAGUGAUGUCCAAGGGGACUUGAGCCAAACCACUUCAAGAUCUGGAGUUAAAUGUUUGUUUACAGUGAAGUAGUUUACCUUCAUGUGUGUCUAUACAUAGCUCAAGGAUUGUGUUCCUUCAUACUUAAGCUUUUUUUUUCUUUUUAAGCUUGAUUUCAUCAACACCAUCACAGUUUAAGUGAAUCUAGAAUGUUACAUGAAAACUCUAUAUGAGACACUGUUAUGACUGAAGUAGAGAGUUCAGCCCAGUCUAUCAGGAGUUAAAUGAUAACUAGCUAUGUGGAGUAUUAGGAUGUACUCACUGGUUACAACUUUCUUUGCAAGCACCAUAGUUUGAAAAGCAGUUGGAAAAUAGACAUGAACACUUGGAUUGGCUAAAAAAAACCUAUAUUGGAGAAUUUAUUUACUGCUGUUUGGGAAAUUCUUUUCUACUUACUUAGUUAUUUCAUUCCUAAUUUAUCUUCCGCAGUCAUAAUCUUCAAUGCUUCGUACCUAAAUUUCUUUUACAUGUAGAAUUUUAGGAUUUGUUUGCAUAUUUAUUUUCAUUUGUGUUUGUCUCUAACAUUUUCUUGCAGUAAAAAAUGUUGAAAUUUUCUUCUAUGGAAAAGUUACCCACCUGUCUUAUGUACUAUAUUGUAAAGCUUGGUUCAUGUUCUAACCUUUAAGUGUGUUAAGUCAUUGACAUAUAUUUUGGGGAAGCGCUUCCAGUAAACAGUUCAAGGGUGUAGUUAGUGUAGACAUCUUUGUCGGCAUGAACUUGCCAGUUGAUGAUGUCUGCAACUACAUACUUGAAGUUUUAUUCCAAUUUAUUUACAUAGACUAGCAAUUUGACCUGUUAAACAGGAGGAGCUCAUUUCAAGAAACUAAGGACAUUAUCCCUGGAGGCAUCUGUCGUUUGUGAUUGGAUAGCUCAAAUAACCCAGCCUGGUGAGUGAGCAUGGGAACAAUGAAGAUGUGGAAUUGUGUGACCCACCCCAGUGACUGAGACAAUCAUGUUCAAGUGGUGUGUCGUCACCACUGACAUCAUGGAUCUGGGAUUAAGGGACUUGGUAACUGCUAAUGGAAUGAAGGUUUUCUACACAAGGCGAUGGGAAAGAGAACCCAAAUGAAUAGAGGAGGAAAGCCCUCCGAUCUGCAAAAGAGGAAAUGUUUCAUAAAGACAUAAGAAAAUAAAGAGAAUUUCAAAAAAGCUUUUUAA